UGUACAUUUUCCCACCUUCACAUUUCACUGUCUGUCUGUCUGUCUGUCUGUCUGUGCCUUUAAAAACCAUUACAAAUUACUAAUAAAAAAUAAAUCCCUUAUUAAUCAGAAUCAGCUGUGUACACUUGGCCAGUCCAAGUCAUUGGCCUACAAGCAAUUUGACUCAGGUUUGAAGUUGCUCUCAGUGUUACACACAGUUCCAAGAACAAUUUACAGGACGAUAGAAAUAGGCUGAGCAAGACAGGUAAACACAGACUGCAUACAUGCAAGCAGGCUAGGUGAAAAAAUAGUCCAUAUAAAAAAAAAAAACAGCAAUGACCAACAACAUAGGCUACAAGAUCUAUAACCUACAAGUCAGUUUUUUCUGUAAAUUGCACAAAUAGGUCUACAAAUAGUGCAAAGGAAUUGUAUGAUGUGACAACUGCUAUGGUUUGGUUAGGUUUAGGGAAAGAUCAGGACUUUGGUUAAAAUUAGUAGCCUUUGUUAAGGUUCGGGGACCUUCGUUGUCAUGGUUUCAAUAACAAAGAAGGUUAUGGAACUAUGAUGCUUUAAAAAGAAAAAAAAACAACGUUUAUUGUCACAACAGCAGUUUUCCAUGCUGAAAUCCGAUAUUUGGUUGACCAGUCCGCCCACGACCAUCUCCUCCCGUGGAUUUAGUUGCUGAGAUGAUGGAGGGCAGCGGUGAGAUAAAGACAAGUGCGACUCGGAGCGCCGACACCGGCUCGGUGCUUUCACCAACAUCCCGUUAUGAGGGGCGGGCAGCGGCGCUGCGAUUUGUGGCAGAGACUGUGCUGAGCGAGAGGGAGGGGGAGGAAGAGGAGGAGGAUUUCUGCGCAGACAUCCUUUUCUCCUUCAUUAACAGCCUGGAGGACCGACAGUGGGAGAGCAUACGGGACAGGAUGAGAGAACCACUGACACAGGCUCACCUGGCCAAGGUGUCUAGGAGGAUCAUCAGGGUGGUGUCCGAGCUGGUCUUCCAGGUGGUGGCCCCGACUCUGAUGGUCGAAGACCUAUCAGAGGCUUCAGCCAGCAAAUCCUGCAAGUUACAAAGUCACAGCAAGGAGGAGACUCAGAGCAAAGACAGCAGAUCCUCCCCUGUGAUGCUGAGACCCUUCGUUGAAGAUCCUCUCCAGAAGUAUUCUGGGGUCAGUAAGAAAAGUCUGGACAAGUUGUUGGGUAGCUCUGCCUCCCAGCCGUCUGCCAGGAGCAUGUUGGGAGAAGGAGUGCAGCAGGUGAACCAGGCCCAGGAACAAGUGGCAGAGGUCAAAUUUCCGAUCACAAAGUCCUUGAGAUUUGCGGACAGGGUCCUCGCUGAGGUAGCCUCAUUGCAGGACGUGGAACAGUUUUUGGAAGUAGCAGCAGAGGAGGUGAUCUCAGCUCUCGUUAAAAGCUUGGACUACUGUCAAAGUCAAGAGAAGACAGACAAAGGUGUGACAACAGAAAGCACUGCUAGGAAAAUCCUAAAUCACCUGGUCAUUAAAAUGAGGAAGGAAGAGACAGAAGACAGGUGUUUGGACAAGUUUGAUCCGGACAGUUUGGAUGACUUUGGAAUGGGCUACUGUUGCUUUACUUACUGUAGAAAGAGCCAAAAGAAUGAAAAACCACGGCAAGCAAACCCUGAAGUCAGAGAUGGAUCACUUCUUCAGGGCAUGGCGAUAACUUAUCCGAUGACUGUGUGCUCUCAGGAGGUCGUUAAAGACUUUUCAUGCAGGAGGUUUCGUCGUACCAGCCUGAAGGAACUGAGGGAAUUCCUCAUGAGGUCACUGUGCAUGUUUUCCUUGCAGAGCUUCAGGGGAAUGGCCACUUCAUGUGAACUCCACAUGGCCUUUGUGGACUUUGUGGCCUCAGAGAUACUGGACACUGUAGUAAACAGUGUAAAUCAACUGUGCCAACCACAGCAAAGGAAAUGUAUUUUUACAUGGCAACAAUGUAAAAACACCACAUUGUCUGAGGACCAAGUAGCCUCCACAGCAUUGGUGCUAAAACUCAACUUGCAGGAGAAACUGCGAAAUUUUUUCGACUUCCACAAAGAGGUUUUGGACAAAGUGAAGGAGGGUGAAAAUGAAAAUGAAAGGAGGGCUUUGUCUACCAUUCUGUCCAGCAGCAGUGAUAUGAGAGCUGGCGGAACCCAGGAGCACAGUGUUAUGCACAGCAUCCACAGCACAGCGACUGGUUCAUGUAAAUCCAGGGUCAAGAGCAUGCCAGGUGUGGUGAGGUCUUUCCUGGAUGACACAGAGCAGUCGUUAAAACAAGAUGGCAGCAGGGUCCAGAGUGGUGAUGAAGCACUGACCAGGUUGGAAGAGCUGAUCAGCCAGGACAAGCUGUUCACCUUCUCUAAGAUGCUGGCUGACAAGCUCACUAGCAUGUUUCACCAACAGGAACUGAGUCUGACUGAGUCAAUGGAUGCCAGCAGAAGGACUCGGUCCGAUUCAGAACUCAGCCAGCCGACAAGAUGUCCUAUUGAUUUCAUUGUGCCCUCUGAGCAGGUGUAUUUAUUUGUUGAGGAAGCUGUGAAACGCCUGCUGACAUCGCUCAUCUUCCCUCCACCGUCCUGGGGAAUGGGUCACAUGAUCCAAGUCCAAAGCGGCGCCUCAUCUGCUGCUAUCUGGGCAGAGUCGAUCGAGAAGUAUGAGGCCGUCAUCGGUGCUUACAGUCAACUGAUGGCUGACCAGGUGAUGGGGAGCUUCAGCAGGACGUCUGCUGCCUCCAGGCUCCAGCAGGAAGUGGGAGGUCUUGAUGGAGUCACCAAGACAAGGAAAACAAACAUCAUCCAUUUCUUCCAGGAACUUCCAAACAUGAUCAGGAGGAAAUGGGGGACACUCACCAACUAGGAGGUCUAAGAAGUCUAGCUGUCUACAGAGGACAACAGACAAGUCAUUUUAACAUAUAUUGCUAAAGACAUCCCCCUUAACCCUAACCCCAACCUCCCCUCACACCCUCCUAUCCCCCUAUUCCACCCUAA